UGGGCCUGGUAAACCUAGAGCAUGAUUAGGGCGAUGUACCUCCAUCAUGAGAGUAAUGUAGGCAUAUUAUGGACAACAUGCAGCUCCGAAAUACAAGGGAAAUGUGUCUUCAAAGUGCAAGAAAGAUUGAAAAAAAGACAAUGAGCAACAUGAUGUGGCAGUUUCCCUGGAAAAAAAUAUUAGUGGCACUCAACUCUCAUUGCCCCAGCAAGAAAGGAACGGCAACCCAUCCAGCACAAAUGGCGGUCUGGAUCAGGGAUGAUGCGUAUAGUAGGUGACCCUAGUCUGCUUAUGGGAGUUAUGGCCAAGCAGGACAACAAAUCUGGUAUCCGGCGCAGCUUCCAGUUAUGGACACCAGUGGAAAGGGAAAUUACAGCCCGACUUAUGGAGGUUUGUUGGUGAGCGGAGACCACGACGUCACGCCCACAUCCAUACCCGCUAAUUGGAGGAUUGAUUACAUGAUGGACGGGUGACGUCACGUAUGAAUAGGGGCAUAAUGAGCUGACAGAAGAGUGACAGCUAGGUCCGUUGACACCUCACUGGCAGGUUGUUGGCUACGGGCUGUGAGAAUCGUCACAUUGAGACAUAAACGGGGCUCCCAGACUGCUCUGACGGGACACAACUUCCUAAUGCUCCAGGGUUAACCAUAAACCUCGCGGCAUCUCCACUGUUCCGGUCAUUAACUAAAUCGACAUCCGUGUGUACACAUCUCCACCGGCGUGUUAUUGCUGAUACACGGGGACUACUACCGAUUAGACCCGGGGAAAAUAUCGCUUGUGUGGCAAGUUUUCAUUACUGACUGCUGAUUUGUUUUUCCUCCUUGUCCAUUACAGCCGCUCCACUGGACUUUCUCUGUGGAAGAAAAAUCGCACCUAAUGGGACACAGUUUUGAGAGAACUUAGUCGUGCAUAAAAUGUGAGUGCUAUUUCAACAGCGAGUGAGUGAGUGCUGCCAGUGUGAUAUAUUGCCGGGAUCAAGCUUUGGACUCCGACGUUGACUGUUAGUCUUUGCUCCGUGUGACUCGCGCGCUGGCUGCGGUACUAGCGUGUACAUGUGGUAGCUGUCGCACGGUGGCUUGUGUUUGACCAACGGCUCUGUUUGUACACCGAUCAACGCUGUGCAUACACAAAGACACGGACUUGUGAGUAAAAAAAAAAUCUCGGUGUUCUGCAUUUCAUAUCGUGCCGGUUGGGACUAGGGGAGACAUGGCUUGCUCCAGCGCUCCCUGUAUCCUGUGUGUUUUCAUCCUACUUUGGAUGUCUCUGACUCCGUGUUUGGCAAUCAGGGACGUCAAAUGUGAACCAAUAACUAUCCCCAUGUGCCGUGAUAUUGGCUACAACAUGACGUACAUGCCCAACCAGUUCAACCACGAUACACAGGAUGAAGCUGGGCUGGAAGUGCAUCAGUUCUGGCCUCUGGUGGAGAUCCAGUGCUCGGCGGACUUGAAGUUCUUCCUGUGCAGCAUGUACACGCCGAUCUGUGUCACCAACUACAACAAGCCGUUACCGGCCUGUCGGUCGGUCUGCGAGCGAGCCAAGUCCGGCUGCGCCCCGCUGAUGAGGCAGUACGGAUUCGCCUGGCCGGAGAGAAUGCGUUGUGAGGACUUACCGGAGUUUGGCAACCCCGAUCAACUCUGCAUGGGAUUCAACACCACGGAGAAGCCCACACCAAAACCCACCAUACCUACCAUCACCAAGCCCCGCCAACCUCGGCCAACGAACGGUAAAUGCCCCUGCUCCUGCAAGGAACCCUUCCUGCCGGUGCCACAGCAACACCCGUACUACAACCGUGUCAGCACCGGUGAGGUCCCUAGCUGCGCUACCCCUUGCAAUGGUGCCUUCUUCUCGUCCGAUGAGAAAACAUUUGCGACCUUCUGGAUUGGAUUAUGGUCGAUUCUGUGCUUCGUGUCGACACUGACGACCGCCCUGACGUUCCUCAUUGACAUGGAGAGGUUCAAGUAUCCGGAGAGACCUAUCAUCUUCCUGAGUGGAUGCUAUCUGUUCGUCUCCUUAGGCUACAUCAUCCGGCUCAUCGCAGGCCACGAGGCAGUGGCAUGCAACGGAGAGUACAUCAGGUACGAGUCGACAGGCCCUGCCGUCUGCACCAUCGUUUUUCUCCUCAUCUACUUCUUCGGGAUGGCCAGUUCCAUCUGGUGGGUCAUCCUCUCCCUGACAUGGUUCCUGGCAGCAGGUAUGAAAUGGGGCAGUGAGGCAAUAGCCAGUUACUCCCAGUAUUUCCACCUAGCAGCCUGGCUCGUCCCCAGCAUCAAGUCCAUCGCCGUGCUGGCCCUCAGCUCAGUGGACGGUGACCCAGUGGCCGGAAUCUGCUUCGUCGGAAACCAGAACGUAGAGAAACUCAGAGGAUUUGUGCUUGCCCCACUCUUCGUGUACCUGAUCUUGGGAGCAACAUUUCUGAUGGCUGGAUUCGUCUCCCUGUUUCGCAUCAGACAUGUCAUCAAAGCUGGAGGGAGCAAGACGGACAAACUCGAAAAACUCAUGAUCAGAAUCGGGGUCUUCACAGUUCUCUACACCGUGCCAGCCACCAUAGUCAUCGGCUGUUAUUUCUACGAGCAGCACGCCCGUGGCGAAUGGGAAAGGACAAAAACAUGCUCCUGCGGCAAUGCAGACGUUUCCCAGCCGGACUAUUCGGUUUUUAUGCUCAAGUACUUUAUGUGCCUUGUCGUUGGGAUCACAUCAGGAGUUUGGAUCUGGUCGGGCAAGACACUGGAAUCGUGGAAACGAUUUUACUAUCGGUUAUUCGGUAAGAAAGAACUUGACAGAAUUGGUAAGCCAACAAAUCCAAAGGCAGUUCCAUUAGCACAUGUUUGAUCAAAAUGCCAAGGAUCAAUGGACCAUAUUAGUGCUUUCAAGAACUUGUUUAACAAUGUUUAUUGCCUGAUGUGUAUAGCUCCCCUUCAAAGAACUGGCAACUGAAAAACACUGUUUUUUUAAACAAACAUUUAAAAUGUGUACAGAAAUUGAAUUUUUUUAUACUUUUACUAGCUUAUUCAUAAUUUCAUUGUGAUAUGGUAUACCAGCAGUGUUUUGCAUACUGUGUUAUCAUCGUGGUCAUGGUGGUACAUUAUAUUAUGCUUUAAGGAAGUCAUGUGUUAUUUUUUAUGUCUAAUUGUUUUAUCAGCGCCAUAGUUGACUCCUGUUGUCCCCACUCAAGCGAGCGGGGCAGCAGUAGAGCAAACACCGGUUACAUCACCCACGUCAACACGCUCACUGCCGGCGUUCAAUGCACGCUAAUGAAAGAUACGGGUUUCUAAAAAACUUUCCCCCUUUUGUUCGAAUGUGUACCGUGUUCUUAGCGGGACAAAUGCUGGGUAAACGGUGCCAUACCCCACUAAUGGGGCCAGUGAGUAAAGAGUGUAUUAAGCUUUGUUCGGGGUCUCCGGCUGCAAAGGUGCUUUUUAUAGACGUGGCCCAAUAACCCCACUCAGUGAUUUUCUUGUACAUGAAUGAUCACAGCCUGAAUGUUUCUGAUAAGGAUCAUGAUGUAGUGGUUGAAAACUGUUCUCAUGUCUUUAAUGUCUUACUCAAAAAAGCUUGCAUGUUUUAACUCUGCUGAACAUAAACCACAUGUUUUUAUUUUUGUAAUAUAAGUUGUAUAUUGAAUGUACUGAAACUAUAUGGAUGAUAGUAUCUUUUCUAACACUGGAAAGCAAGCUGGUUAGCGUUAUUUUGUUUUGUCAAAUUUCUAUAAACGGUUAUGAAAGUGGGUUAACGGUUAGCCUCCAGAGCAAAGGGUGGUAACUAGGUGAUACACUGUAUUACUUAGACUUUCCAUUUUGAAAUUAUCACCACGUUGUGCAUAGACAUUUCUGGACCAUGUGCCGAUUUCUUCUGGCGACAUUUUAACAACUUGAGUGGCAUUGCUUGGUUGGUACUGCCUUGAGGCGCCAAAAUAUUUGACUGAUAAGUGACAUUCUCAUGUUGUGACGCCUUCUGCGACAGCCAUUAAGAUAACUGAGAUAAAAACAAGUCUAUGCAGUCUUCCCACUGAAACGUCAGAAAUUACAUUUUACUGAUUGACUUAUUUGAUUCUACCAAACUACAGACUUUCACAUUUUGAUGUUCACAUUUUCGUAAUCUAACCUCCACUUUUAGAGACAAGCCGCCAUUUUUGCUUAUUUACUUGAUUCAGCGCAUGCGUUGGACACUUAUGGAAUUUCAACCUCGUCCUUUUAUUAUGUAAGCAAUUUAUCAUUCGUUGCCGGAAACUUAAGCAUUCCCGCUGCUCGUGAAUUAUGAGUCUGUGACGUCACAUGGUGACAUACUGCCAUGACGGCGGCAAAGAACAAAAAUACCAGCGGCAUUGUAGUAAUGAUAAAUUACUUAUUUACUGAGUAAAUAUUGAACUCUGACCCCAAUAUGGCCGAUGUUAUAAAUGAAUAAUCUGUGCCUUGUUGUGCAUGUAUUUGUUCUCACAGCUGCGGGAGACCUGAACAGGACGAUUGUACAAUUUUCAAAGCAUGUUCUUGAAUAUAAUUUUCCUUUUUAAUGAAAUGUAUUCUGCAUUAUUUUGUAAAUCCGGAACAAGUUCUUAUGCUACCAUUAUGUGAACAGUUAACUUGAAGAAAAUCUUUGUAUCUGACCGUGAAUAUAUGUGAUUUGUCAUUUAACUUAUUCACUGGGAAGGUUGUAUGUAGAUAUUUUAUGCGAAAUAUAUUUCAACUACUGCACUGUCCAAGUUAUUUUACCGAAUGACUUUGCUAUACUUUUCACGUCUGAACUGUAUCUAAGAUAUUAACUUCAGAACAUGUACAUGAAAACCCGUGAUGUAACACUAUCAGUGAGUAUUUCACAUUAAUAUGGUACAAAAUUCAGCUUAAGCACAGUGUGCCUGGUAUGUACCAUAUAACUGUUUAAAUGUAGACUGUAUGGACGCAAAUGCGUUCUUCUGGUAUUGCUUGUUAAUUUUCUGCCUUUUACGGAGCCACGAGUUAGUUGGUGCUGGCCCAGUACAGUGAGUAGGCCUAUGAGGAGUAUAACGAUGAGUAUUGGAAAUCGAAACACCGAUGACACUUUUUUUGUCGCGGUUCAUUGAUUGUUCACUCGGGCUGCAGUUGAAUUUUCCACGGCCGUGCUUGGGGGGAGGGUAUAAAUUGAGGGAUUGUGUGACAUGCAUGAACUGACUCAUAUUAUAAAAAGUGUAUCCUAAUUUUUGUAUCAAAUAAGGCAGAAGAUUAGCAUUUUAUUGUUGUCCUUUUAUGGUAAAAUUGGCACUUUAAGUGACGUGAGGGGAAAUAUAAAGGAAGUUAAAACGAAAAAGAUGGAAAUUGAA